AUGGUAGGGGUAGCGGAGUCGCCGUGCGUUGACUUUAACUGCACGGCACGUUGCCUGCUGGGACUCGGUAACCCGCACCUCAUCGAUGUACUUCGUGAGGCGGCACUGGAAAGCGGCAGCGUGAAUGUGUUUCUGGAGCGUAUUUCGGGAACGUUUGGAGACAAACUUGCGGGUACGCUCGAUGAAGCACUCGGCUGGCGACUCUGGGUUGCUGCACAACGAGAGGCGGGAGAAGUGCGUGUCCAGUGCACCGAGGCGAAAGCUGACGCAUUGGGCGCGGACACCGGACAAACUGGAAAGCGUCAACGCAAAUCUCGAUGGCAAAUAGUUCCGAGUCAACCGAAAAGCGUGAAAGCAGGUCCAUGCAGUUGCAGUGGCGUCGACUGGACUGGAUUUACGCUUGGCGCGCUGAACCAACUGGAUGCCAGCGCGGCAUCUACACUGGCAGCUGCAGCUGCGGCUGCUGGAUACCCGCAAACAGUAUCGUCGAUCAGCGGUUGCCAUAGAGAGAUCCCUGAUGAAGCAGAGCGUUCAUGUGUCGAGCUCUAUGAAGCCGCACAGGAUACCACUGGGCGCUGGUCUGUGUCUGCUGCUUUCCGCUGGGCUCCUUUUUUGGACACGCUGGGGUUACGUGAAUCCACGAGCCGCUCUUUAGAGCACCUUGUGACCAAGUUUUCUGGCGAUUCGUCGUCUCGACCUCGUCUCUGGGAAGCGGCUGUUCCAAAGCUGUGGCGCACACCUGGUGAACUUUGCCGUGCAUCAAGAAACGGCAGCGGCUUGCUGCUGUGGUGGCUUCAGCACGGCAAAGACUUGGUUUCCUCGGACUCUUUGUCGCUUACUGAGGGCAUCGAACGGUAUGUGGAGCACGGUAGUGCUGGCUUCGGUGCAGGAAUUCGUUCAACAACAAGGACUUGUGCGCUUACGAGUACUGCUGCACCUGACGAGAACACUGCAUCAACACGUUCCGCGGCUUGUAGUGGACAGAAAUCCGUCGGUGGUGACGAGACGGCCUCUCCAGAUGACAAAACAACGUUGCAAAGUGGGAAGAAACGGCAAUCACCGGCUACUAAUCCAGCACCAGCAGUAGCAGAUGCGGCGGCGCAAAGAAUACUCGGAAAAGUGGCAACAGGUAUUGGAUUAGAGAACGUAGACGCAACAAAAAGAAUCGCGUCCCGGUCAAGGGAUUCGAGUCAUGAUCGGAUAGCCUUUCCCCCGAAUAUCGUGCCUAUUCGCUGCACUUCAGUGCCUUCUAUUGCCGACAGUGAACCUGGCGACAGACUGCACAUCUCGAGUCAUCGCAUGGACAAGAGCACAGACAACGCAGGCGAUGUCUACGAGCCACGCGCUUUGGGGCAAAUCCAAAUACCCUCGGUGCCGAACGCAUGCCGUCUACCAUGCGCAGGUAAUAGCAUCGUGCCGUGUCCUCCAAACGCCUCCAUGUGCGCAGAAGCGGAACGCAACCGAAGCUCAGAGCCUGCAGCAGCAUCAGCGGCUACAUGCGAAAACAGAGUAUCUGAAAUGACGCGUGCUGAGGUUUACGGUCUUCUUGAUCAGGAUCCAGAAAGCACCAUGACUAGAAAUGCAGUUUCACGUGGCAUCGUGCACGAGACUCAUGGAGGCACUGCUUGGGUUCCCGGGGCAGGCAGUACCGCACUGCCUAUCGCCCAGUGCGAAGCAGUGCUUCUUGACCUCGUUGAGCGCUUCCCUGUUGUGCUUGUUGUAGGUGAAACUGGAUCAGGCAAGUCCACACAAAUCCCGCAGUUUCUCUGGAAGGCAGGUUGGACUCGUCGUCGUCAUCGUCAUCGCUUUGAUGGCGGUGAAGCGAGCACCCAGCUCGAAGAACCCGGUGGACGUGUUGUUGGCAGGUGGAUAGGAUGCACACAGCCGCGUCGCCUUGCGGCAACUCGGCUUGCAAGUCGCGUUGCCGCAGAGAUGCAAACAUCCCUGGGCGGUCUAGUCGGGUACACCAUCCGCUUCGAUGACCGCACUGGCCCAGAAACGGAAAUCAAAUACAUGACGGAUGGGGUGCUGCUGCGGGAAGCGGCUAUGGAUCCAACGCUGUCUGCAUACAACGUUCUCAUCGUUGACGAGGCGCACGAGCGCUCCCUCCAUACCGACCUGCUGCUCACAGUCCUGAAGCGCCGUCUGUAUGACUCCAACGCGAAGGCCGCCCACGAGACGGUCCAGCAGCGUCUGUUGAUUGCAAGUGCCACACUUGAUGCCGGCCAUUUCACCUCUUUUUUCGCCAAUGCUCCAGUUUUGGAGAUUCCCGGCAAAGCGUAUCCCGUAGAGAUACAUUGGGUACCACUCCCUCGCUGGCGAAUGCCGAAACAGCGGACCAGCGGCGGUGGACGCUUUGCCACCGAUUAUCUCGCUGCUGCUGUGACGCUAGCCCUAGAUAUUCACUUCCGGGAAGCCGAUGGGGAUAUUCUGGCCUUUCUUCCCGGACAGGACGAUGUCGAGGCAGCUGUUGGGAUCACUCGGGAACGUGCGGAAGCCGCUGAGCGUGCGCUCGAUGUGAGCACCUCUCCGAAGCGUCGUCUCGUGGUGCUCCCGUUGUACGCGAACAUGUCGCUCGCACAGCAACAGCAAGCGCUUGCGCGUUCAGCGCCCGGCACCCGCAAAUGCAUCUUUGCGACGAAUGUUGCGGAGACCUCGCUAACAAUCGAUGGUGUUCGUUAUGUGAUCGAUUCGGGUCUAGCGAAACAGAAAGUUUUCCUCCCGAACGGACUAGCGGGUGUAGAACGGCUGAUUCUGAGUCCAAUCUCACAGGCAUCGGCUAGACAGCGCGCAGGUCGAGCGGGCCGCACUGCUCCUGGGCACUGUUUCCGCCUCUAUUCACGAGGUUCUUGGGAGCAGGAGCUCUUGCCGCAACCGAUUCCGGAGAUUUCCCGAACGGACUUGUCGCAGUUGAUCCUGAACUUGCUGCAGCUGGGUGUGAUCGAGCGCGCUACUGAGCUGCUCGAACGCCGAAACGGGCGUCCAGUGGUGGAGUUCUUGGAUCCGCCUCCUGCAGCGCGGCUCGUGCUUGCGAUGCAGCAUCUUUGGAUGCUGGCUGCACUAGAGGAUGCAACGGGUCAGCUGACUCCAGUGGGCGCACGUCUCGCACAGCUGCCUCUGGAUCCGCGUCUUGGUCGCUUUCUACUCGCAGCGGUCGACCUCCGGUGCCUAGACGAGGCAUUAACGAUCGUAUCGAUGCUUUCCGUGGGAGCCGGCGAGAGCAGCACCGGGGGUGAUGUGUGGCUUCGACCUCGCGAUCCCGUGGAGCGACUCGCUGCCUCCCGCGCACAGGAGCAGCUCUUUGCAGCCGCUGGCGAUAUUCAUCGUUUGCUGCAGGUGUAUAGUGCGUGGACAGCUGCAUCCUGUAGCACCGAAUGGUGCGAGCAGCAUUUCGUCCAGUGUCGGGCGCUUCGGCGAGCGCGUAGCAUUCGACACCAACUGGAACGCAUGCUGCACCUGGAGGCGCUACGAAAAUCGCAACUGCAGCAAACACCUCGGCUGUCCGAGUGCGGUUUUGAAGCAGGUGCGUCCAGCCCGAUUACACUGCCUCUAGAGCAGCGUAUCACUCUAGCCUUCUUGAGUGGAUUUUAUACGAACAUAGCACGUUUGACGUGGUUUCGUGGCCAGCCCUUCUACCUGGUGCUUUCUCCGUUCGCGCGACCUUGGCGCGGAGUCGGGCGCCGGAUGUCGAAGAACCCAGCACCCGAUGCCUCGCUUGCCUCGAUACAUCCAUCGAGUUGCCUGAGGAAUGUGACGCCGCCCCUGUUGGCCUUUGCCGAGCUCGUGGAAACCCAAAAGCUCUACCUUCGCUGCUGCGUCGUGGUUCCCAAUGAACAAUGGUUGCGACGCUUCUUCGCUCAGUCGCAGUGCCGCCACUGA